AUGGGUGUGCGCAUGCUAGCGUGCGUCAUUUUGGGUUUUCUUGCAGUUGCAAUAAACUGUGAUGAAGCACCAAACAUUACAGCAGAUGCUACUACAAUCACAACUACAAGAAAACCAAUCCCUUACCAGGACUCAAAUAUUUGCAAGCUAUGCAAAUGUGAGGAUACUAAAGUAAAUUGCUAUGAUCAAAGCAUUACCACUUUCUUCACUCUAAAUGAAUGGGAAGAUAUAAUCGACCUCAAGCCAUCGACGGUAGACUUGAGCGAGAAUCGAUUCACAAACAUCACAGUGAUCGCAGAUUUGACGAUAGAAGUGUUAAAUUUGUCACGAUGCAGUAUUGAAUUCAUACAAAGUGGAAGUUUUAGAGAUUUGCAAGAAAUGAGAGUUCUUGAUUUGAGUCAUAAUAAGCUCACCACAGACAAAUUGAGCCCACACGCUUUCGAGGGUCGUUUUGCUCCCGAAGAAUAUGAACCCCUUGCAUCGAUGAGAAUACUGAACUUGGCCUACAACGAUCUUCACUCAUUGAACCAAGACUUAUUCGAACACAUGCCAGAGUUAGAAGAACUGGAUUUGAGUGGAAAUCCCUUGACAACCAUAGACCAUGUUACAUUGGUCGCUAUUUCCAGUCUGCCGAUGUUGAAGGUUUUAAGAUUGCGUUCUUGUGAAUUGGAUGAGAUUCCAAGCAAAUUCCUGCAUACCCCACGUUUUUUGGAGAACUUGGACCUCAGUGACAACAAACUGACGAUUGUCCCACGAGAAUUAGAGGAGGCUAAAGACUUGAUCUAUUUGAAUUUGAACCAGAAUCCUAUUGAGGUUAUCGAUUUCUACUCUGAGGACAAUCCCGGCUUCCCCCGUCUUCAUAAACUGCAGGAACUCCACAUGUGCAACAUGCCGAAAUUAAGGAGCAUUGGACCAAAGGCACUGGCCGGACUUGAGAGCGUUGAGAAACUUCACAUAAGCUUCAAUCCAUCAUUGAGCUAUUUGGACCCCAAGGCACUGGCUAGGCCUGACGAUAUUGGGGAAAGCUUCGACUGGCCUUUGGUGAAGGAGCUUUACCUGAAAUCAAACAACUUAACCGAGGUGGACACUCGUCUCCUGUCCCGCUGGGAUCUGCUGGAGAAGGUGGAUGUGUCUGACAACCCAUUCCUCUGCGACUGUUCCACUCAAUGGAUGGUAGAUGUACUGGCUCCCAUCGUGGAAAGCAAAGGUUCUAACGCUACUUUGAUGGUAUGUCAAGAACCGAUAGAGAUGCGAGGUCACACCAUGAAAGAUCUUCAUGAUUCUCACAGGACCAUGCGUUGUGUCGACAAAUACGGACACAGGCCCGAGAAAGAUGGUGCUAUUCUGCUUGGCACUCUAAUUGGAGUUCUCUUAGCAGUUCCAAUCAUGUUGAGCCUGAUGCUGCUCUGGCGUCGUGGCUACUUCGCCUGGCUAGGCCUUCGCCCCCCAGCAGACGUCUCCAGGGCUUUCUACAAGAGAGCACCCGCUGAUGACAUCCUCUACUAA